AUGUCAUCGCGCAGGCUCGAGCAGGCCUUUUCCCGCCUCGCACGCCGCACCGCGAGCACCUCCGGUACCACGAGAACCCUUUGUGCCCACUGCCAAUGGCGUCGCAGCCUCACCCUCUCGGCCUCCCGCGCUGCGAGGGCAGAGAAGCCCGCUUCGGGCGCCUCUCUCGAUCCAAAGAGCGCUCUGGGCAGCGCCCCCAUCGAGGCACCCAGAAGCUACGGCAAGCGGGUUGACGGUCAUUUCGUCCCCAAGCCGCUGCCGCGGCCCAUCGGCAUGCCGUUGCCGCCCAGGGCUGGCGAGCACACCGGCAUCGACAACCGGUCCUUCCAGCAGCGCAAGGAGGACUUCGUCGACUACGACAAGCACAUACAGCGCCGCAAGGAGCUCACGGCCCAGAUAUCGAGACCAUACUUCCGUGACUGGGGCAACCUGCAGUACCACUCGGGCAAGUCCUUCAUCGCACCUCCGCGCCUCUUCAAGGCCGAGCUGUCCCUCUACUUCCCCAACCUCUACGGCGAGACCCUCGUCAAGACCGACAAGGCGCCCCGUGACACCACGCCGCUCCUGACCGGCAGGGCUUCCGUCGUCUCCAUCUUCAGCAGCCGGUGGGCCGAGCAGCAGGUCGGCAGCUUCACCUCGCGCGAGGCCAACCCCGCCCUGCACCGCCUCGUUGCCCAGAACGCCGAGCUGGCGCAGGUGGUCAACGUCAACUACGAGGACAACGCCGGCAAGGCCUGGCUCGUCCGUCUUUUCCGGGGCUCCCUGCGCCGAAGGUUCCCCGAGGCCGAAUGGGACAAGUAUUUCCUCAUCCGCAGGGGCAUCACCGACGCCAUGCGCGAGUCCAUCGGCCUGCUCAACAGCAAGGUCGGCUACACCUACCUCGUCGACCACCAUUGCCGCAUUCGCUGGGCCGGGAGUGGACCGAGCCAUCCGGACGAAGUAGACGGCUUGACCAGGGGCCUCGCACGUCUGCUCGAUGAGAUCAAGAAGGAGUCGACUCGGCCGGCGGCGGCGCGAGAGAAACCGGUGGGCAAGUCGCACCUGGAACGACCGGGUCCGACAGAGAAAUGA